UCUGUCAUUUGUUGUUGAAAGCUGACUACGUCCGGAUGUAAAUCAGAAUCGCGCGUGUUUGUGAUCAGUUUUUAAAACGUUAGAAACUAUUUUGUUGGAAUAAUUCGAUUCGAAAAGCAAACCGAGUGUGUCCAGUAUCUGAAAACUAUUAUACGAAUAAGUGUAGUGCGUUUUGUUGCCCAGAAAAUUGAUUUCGGAAGUCGCUUGUCUAGCUGGUGUUUGUGCGCUUCAGCUGUUGCAAAAGGAAAAUGGACGACAUCGACGAGUUCUUCGAUUUCAGCAAGCCGUUCAACCGGGUUGUGAUCUCCGGAGGUUACUGCAAUGCCACCGUCGUCGAAGACAAGACCCUCUUCAACAAGAUGCCGGAGAGGGAAAAGAUGGGAAAGGAGUACGCCGGAAAAUUCAUCCGCGAGGAAGAAAGUCAACUGAUCAAUGCAUUUCUCGAUGAAGCAGCUGGUCCAUCUACUUCGCGCACUUCCAACCUAGAAGAUGUGGACGAUGAGAUGUCGAUGGCAGACGAAGACGAAGAGCACACCAAAGCGCUCAAGGCCAAGGAGAUGAUGCUUCCCCUGUUUCAGAAGUACAAUUUCACCCUAAAGCACAACAAAUUGCCGAUUCGCCACUCGAAGGAUGACAUUUUGGCUCGAAUUCGGGAGAACCCGGUCAUCGUGCUGGAAGGUCCUACCGGAUGCGGUAAGACUACUCAGGUGCCGCAAUUCAUCUUGGAAGAAGCCUACCAUCGGAAGGAAUAUUGCAACAUUAUCGUGACUCAACCACGAAAAAUCGCUGCCAUGUCCAUCGCGAAACGAGUUUCUGAGGAACGGAAAUGUGAGCUCGGAACGUUGGUCGGAUUCAAAGUUGGCCUGAAGGAGUGUCUCUCUCCCGACACCCGACUCUUGUACUGCACGACCGGAGUGCUGUUACAAUCAUUGAUCAACUCUAAAACGAUGGCCAAUUACACUCACGUGAUUCUGGAUGAAAUUCACGAACGAGAGGUUGACAUGGAUUUCUUGCUGAUCGUUGUACGUCGAUUCUUGGCUACGAAUUCCUCCAAAACCAAAGUCAUCCUCAUGUCAGCCACCAUCGAUUCCAAAGCGUUCGCGGAAUAUUUCAAAACUCCAAAGAAGGUCGGAUAUCUAACGGCGCCCAUCAUCUCAGUGGACAGACCACGCCUGUACGAAGUCAAAGAAUUUUACUACGACGACUUGGACAAACUCCGGCUGGACUUUGCGAUCGACUACGAGAAUCCGGGCAUUUCCUCGCACAUGUACACAGUGGCCGCCAAAUUGGUACUGGUUUGCGACCGAUUGAUCGAAAACAUGCACGGAGAGGAGCGAAUGGAAUACAAACCGACGGUGCUGAUUUUCCUACCUGGUAUCAACGAGAUAGACCGAAUGGAUCACGUGCUGCGGGAAACGUUGACCCGUAUUGUCAAUCCCAAGGAGAAGCCAAAUCUGGACAUUCAUAGGCUGCAUUCGAUUCUUCCCGCUGACGAACAGGUGAAAGUAUUCCGCAAGCCAGCUCCUGGACAGCGCAAAGUAAUCCUUUCGACCAACAUUGCUGAGAGUUCCAUCACGGUCCCGGACGUAAAGUUCAUCAUCGAUUUCUGCCUACAGCGUGUCCUGUUCACUGAUACUACCACUAACUUCUCAACUUUGCGCACGGAAUGGGCAUCUCAAGCGAACUGCAUCCAACGACAAGGUCGUGCUGGUCGUGUAAUGGAUGGACGAGUCUACCGGCUGGUCGAUCGCCGCUUCUACGAGAACCAAAUGCGCUUCUCUACCUCACCGGAAAUCCUACGCUGUCCUUUGGAGAAUGUCAUUCUAAAGGCUAAACUGCUGGAAAUGGGACCGCCCCAUUCGAUCCUUGCACUGGCCAUGAACCCACCGGAUCUGAGUGAUAUCAGAAACACGGUUCUGCAGCUGAAGGAACUCGGUGCUUUGGUGCAAACGGUUAAGGGCAACUAUGAGCAGUUGGACGGUGAUUUGACCUACAUGGGACGCAUUAUGGCAAAACUGCCCCUAGAUCUGCGCAUUUCGAAGCUCAUCAUUUUGGGCUACAUCUUCAGCGUGUUGGAGGAAUCGAUCAUCAUUGCUGCCGGAAUGAACGAAAAGAACAUUUUUCUCAAUCAGAAUUCCGUUCGGGGCUACUCGCAAAAGAUGUACUGGGCCGAUGGAUCGGGAAGCGAUGGAAUUGCUAUCUUGAACGCUUACAUUGCCUGGAAGAGCCGAAAAGAACAGGCAGGAAACGAAAGCGAUAUGGCCAGUUGGACCCGUCGGAUGUCUUUGGAUCUGAAGUGCCUCAUGGACAUGGCCGAGUUGAUACGCGAAAUCAAAGAUCGUCUCAACCAUGUAGGCAUGAAGGAAGUGUCCGGACCGGGCCGAGUCGUUUGGUCGUCCCGAGAGAAAACGGUCAUUCUGAAGGUGAUCAUGGCUGGUGCCUUCUAUCCGAACUACUUCAUUCCGAUGUCGGUUGGCGGAAAGGAACUGAUGGAGCGGCAAUCCUUCACUGAGCUGGGUGGUCGCGAUCCCUGUAAUACGGUGUUCUUCACCGGUUUUGAUCACGAGAAGUACAUCGGACCGUUGUACACGGUGCAGAUCAAGAAACUGCUCAGUGAAGGGGAUUUCUCCAAGCAUCAGAACAUGAAGGUUAUGUACGACCGCACAACCAACCGUAUCUUCGUGACAUUCCUGGGAAGUAACGAUGAGCACGAUCAGCGUGGAGCGUUCAUGCCCGGAAAAGUACACGCCGACGUGUACCGUGCGAUCAAGCUACGCAAACUGGGGUCCCGUAAUCGGAUCAUGGAAAUCAGGACCAUGCGUCAGCGUGAUGCUAUCGAGUUUGCCACCGAAAUGAAUUUGGGACACUGGGAGGACGCCAAUGGGUGGGUCCCACGUCGAAAAGUGAUACGUAAUGCGCACCUCUCGGUCAUUCCGGCUAUCCACCAGGCCAGUAUGGUGUGCCAGGUGACGAACGUGGUCCAUUGCAACAAGUUUUAUCUGCGCCCGGAGGAUACAAAGAAUAAGGACAUUUUCAUGGACAUUCACUCCAAGUUGAACUCUAGAGGGUAUAGAUUGGAGCGAUUCGAUCCAGAUUGGCAAUUUGCCGUGGGCCAAAUGGUAGCCGCACCGCUUGAAGAAGGAAGCGAUCGUUAUGCCCGGGCUGUGCUGAAGAACUACAAAAACAUUCGAAGCACUGGUGAUGUCAUGUGGACGGUUUUCUUCUUGGAUUAUGGACAUUCGUCGGUCUUGGGACAAUCAGCUUUCAGAAAACUUGAUGGACCUCUUGCGUACAUGAAAGAAAUCCCUCAACGUGUCUUUGAGGCUACAUUGUCUGAGAUCCAACCUUCGGCGAUUAUUUCUCCGCAAGGUAUCUGGACCGCCCAGUCCAUUAACCGUUUCAAAGAAAUGACACUGGGAAAGAUCUUCGUCGUUGACGUCUACUCGGUGGUUAACGAUGUGGCCAGCGUUGUCCUCAAGAAGGGAGACGAAGUUCCGAUAAAUUCCGAACUCAUCCGGCUGAAAUUUGCUCAAUACGCCGAAGAGAGCUACAUUUCAAAGCUGGAUCACGACAUGCGCGAACGAAAGCAACGAGAAAUGUCGCUCGAUGAAGAUGUUCGUUACGAGGUAUACCAUUCGUCCAAAAACAAUCAGCUAAAAUACGAGGAAGACGAAUUGGAAGACGUUUCCCCUCCGGAAGAAAAGCUGCGUUGCAAAGUUAUGCUUUCCGGACCGCACAGUCCUCUGGAAACCACAGCUUCAUCGACGGUCCGAUCGGGCGUUAUGAAACCAGUGACGAUCGAGAACGAUUCCGUCAAUUCCAUCCUGCUGGAUUCCAACCCGCAGGACACACAUGAGAAAAUGCUCGUCGGAGCGUUCGUCCACGAGCAAGGCAAUCGGUUGGUUGUCCGACAAGCUUCCAUGAUGCCGAACAUUCCAGGAUUUGGCCCUCUGAUGGCACUGAUCUUCUGUCCCACCUGCCAGAUGAAGAAGGAUGAGGAGGAAACGCGAGUGGUUUCGAUUCUGACGGGUCUGGGGUGCGACAAGAAUACCGGGGAAUCGUUGUUCCCCGAACAUGAUUUGGCGUUGACGCUGGAUGUCGUUUUAUCGGACGACGACAUAACGGAGAUAAACGCUCUGCGCUACACAAUGGAUACCAUUCUGCACACCGAUCAGGACCAAACCGUGCCCAAAUUCGGGGAUGUGUCCAUCGAGAACCUGAAAGCGAAAGUGAAGCAGUACAUUAUUAAGAUUCUGGAGCACGAGCGUAAAUUCAUGGACAUUCGCCAUGCGCCAAACGAUUACGAUUGGAAGCUCGUGGAAGAGAACAAUGCCGCUGAGGCAUCGUCCUCGUCGAAGAAGCGCAAACAGGACUUCAACAUCUACGACAACGCCAUCUAUCCCUUGUUGCCUCCGCUCGGUCUUUUGCCGGUCAGUGCCAAACAGUUGGACUUCCUCAAGAGACAUUGUCGCGAGUUGCACAAACUGGCCCUCACGGACGUUAAUCUACCGCGUCACGGUAUCACGUGUCAAAUGUGCAACACCAUACUGGAAACAUUGCCACAGCUGCGCAUCCAUCUCUACUCGAAGCUGCACCGUGAUCGUGAAUCUCAGAUCAAGUUCCGAUAAAUUGACGCCACCAACACACCAACUGUCGGUAGUGAUUUGUACCUUUCGAUUUUUAUGUUUCUUUUACCUGAUUUUUUUUUGUGUCUAAAGUUUCAUGUUGAAUAUGAAUUACCAUUCUACCCUGCUUCAUUUUCAUUCUUGUUAGUUUUAAUUCAAUUACUUACGUUUAGCGUUAUUACAUGUGCUCUGUUACUUAGAGUGAACGAAAUUUUUCAACCGUUAAGCUAUGAGACUGGACUUGAGGUGAUUUUUGAGACGCGGUUCUAAUUACGAUAUGAUAAUUACAUACGAAGAGAAGUUACAUACAUUACAUACGAAGAGAUAUCCCGCAGACGCAUUACGUAAAGGUAAUUAGUCAUUGAUAUAAUAAAUUACAAUCUUUUUUCAGUCCCAGCUGGAAUAUCAAAGCAAAUACAACCAAUUUGUGCACAAAA